AUGGACACAGAAGCCGAUUUACAGUUCCGUCCCCGCACAGGAAAAGCUGCAUCAGCGCCGCUUCUGCCCGAGGUGGAAGCCUACCUGCAGCUCCUGGUGAUCAUCUUCCUGAUGAGCAGCAAGCGCUACAAAGAGACCUGGAGCAUCUCUCUCUUUCCUCCUCGAAGCUUCCUGCACGCUCGCCUCCGGACAGCCACCCUUCGGCACGAUGCUGACGGGCAGGCCACCCUGCUGAACCUCCUGCUGCGCAACUACCUGCACUACAGCUUGUACGACCAGGCCGAGAAGCUGGUGUCCAAGUCCGUGUUCCCCGAGCAAGCCAACAACAACGAGUGGGCAAGGUACCUCUACUACACAGGGCGGAUCAAAGCCAUCCAGCUGGAGUACUCAGAGGCCAGGAGGACGAUGACCAAUGCCCUCCGCAAGGCCCCUCAGCACACCGCCGUGGGCUUCAAGCAGACGGUGCACAAACUCCUCAUCGUGGUGGAGCUGCUGCUCGGGGAGAUCCCAGACCGGCUGCAGUUCCGGCAGCACUCACUCAAGCGCUCGCUCAUGCCCUACUUCCUGCUGACCCAAGCCGUCAGGACCGGAAACUUAGCCAAGUUCAACCAGGUCCUGGACCAGUUUGGAGAGAAGUUCCAAGCAGACGGGACCUAUACUCUCAUCAUCCGGCUGCGGCACAACGUGAUUAAGACAGGUGUGCGCAUGAUCAGCUUGUCCUAUUCUCGGAUCUCCCUGGCCGACAUUGCCCAGAAGCUGCAGCUGGACAGCCCGGAGGACGCAGAGUUCAUUGUUGCCAAGGCCAUCCGGGAUGGCGUCAUCGAGGCCAGCAUCAACCACGAGAAGGGCUACGUGCAGUCCAAGGAGAUGACCGACAUCUAUUCCACCCGAGAGCCCCAGCUGGCCUUCCACCAGCGCAUCUCCUUCUGCCUGGACAUCCACAACAUGUCCGUUAAGGCCAUGAGGUUCCCCCCCAAAUCAUACAACAAGGACUUGGAGUCUGCAGAGGAACGGCGGGAGCGCGAGCAGCAGGACCUGGAGUUUGCCAAGGAGAUGGCCGAAGAUGACGACGACAGCUUCCCGUGAAUGGGCUGGGGAGGGGGACACAUGGGGGCCGGCUCUUUAUAGUCCCCUGUCCAGGAGCUGGCCCCUCUUCCCACACUUGGCUCACGGACUGCAGAGGUGCAGGCGGUGAGGGGUGCAGGGAGCCAGCCACCCCCACCUCACCAAGACCCCUUCCCAGCCGGUGACUUGGUGCCCCAGGGCAGGUGGCCUCCCAGGCAGGGCCCUGGUGAGUGGGGCAGGCAGCAGGAUGAGGGCGGGCGGGCCUGUGCUUGCCUCUGGGGAAGAGGGGCUGGACUGGGACAUGUUUUGGGUUGUAUGUUUUUUGAAGCUCCAAUUAUGAUUUUUAAACAAUAAAAAGUUCUCCAAGGUU